AUGGAGAAAACUGAUCAAGUUCAAUAGCUUUAAUAAAUACAGCUCACGCAAAAGCGAUAAUCAAGCACAAAUUCCUCCAAUAGCACCACCAAAGGCAGUUCACCUGGCAUUUAGACCAAGUAGCAGUAUAUCAAUCAGACUAUGGGCAACUAAAUAUAGAAGACAUAUCCGUAGCAGAUUGAUAAUAAGAAACAUGGGAGCAAUGGAGGGCAAGCAAGAAAUUAGCAACGGGGAAUGAUAAGAGAUCCAAGGCCUGAAAAAGUCAUGAGUCUAGAUAAGUAUCACAUUUUCCAAGUGAUUUGUGGCAGUGACUAGACAUUUUGUAUUACUUAGCAGCCAGAUUAUCAUGUUUUCUCUUGGGGCUCCAAUUAAAAUGCUAAAUUAGGUCAUUCAUAUUAUAAGCCAUCGCCAAACAAUGUUUCAUCUAGCUCGAUUUAAAUAGUAAAGCAUCCAACUAUUGUAAAAGCACUUGAAAAUCAAAAAGUUGAUGGCUUAAGUUGUGGAACAAGCCAUUCAUUCGCAUGGAGUAGCGAGACUGGGUUAGUAUAUGGAUGGGGACUAGGUUUAAAUGGAAGGUUGGGAAAUGAAAGCGAAGGCGUUGUCCAAGAGCCCUAAGUGUUAGAAUGUCUAAAAUAAGCUUUGGAAAUCGGAAUGAAGGUAUAGCAAAUAUCUUGUGGAGAAAAUCACACUCUCGCCCUAAUAAGAAUGCCCUCAAAUGACGAUUAAGUUAUGAAUAAACUAUUUGUAUGGGGAAACAAUGAUAAGAUGCAACUUGGUAUGGAUAAUCAAGAUGACAGUAAUAAUGAUGAAUCUUAAUCAGCCAAGGAAAUAGCAGUUCCACAUUAACUUGAUCCAGACCCAUUUCAACAUGAUAUAUCUAGUAGAAUGGGGGAGUAGCAGCUAGUAGCUAUUCAAGCAAGUUAUUACUACUCUGCAGGUCUAACUUCAAACGGUUGCAUUUACACUUGGGGAAGUGGGGAAUUCGGAAGACUGGGUUAUAUAGAUACUAAGAGAUAACCUUAGCCUAAAAUCCUUAAAGAAUUGAUUGGCCAAUAAGUUAUAAAGUUAUCUCUUGGCUAUUACCAUGGUGCAGCAAUAACUGAUAAAGGUAUUGUUUUUACAUGGGGACGUGGAAUAAACGGUCAGCUGGGGCAUGGAAGUGUUUUGAAUGAAGAUCAGAUUAGACCAGUAAAUGCGCUUUCUAAUUAUCACAUAGUCGACAUAUCUUGUGGAGAAAGUCACACUUUAGCAUUAACAAAUAAAGGCGAGGUUUACUCUUGGGGUGGUGGAUAGCUUGGCUAACUUGGUCAUGGAGAUUUUUUAAGAUAAAGCUUGCCCAUAAAGGUAGCUAACAUAGAGGAAAGUAUAAUUCAAAUAUCGGCAGGUAAACGACACUCUGCUGCCCUUACAGUCGAAGGCAAGCUAUAUACUUGGGGAUCCAACGAAUAUGGGUAAUUAGGCAGGUAAGCUAAUGUAACCGUUGGUUUAUACCUAAAAGGUUCAGGAAGUGGCACGGCUUCUUACAACAAUUCAGCAAAGACCAGUCCUUCUAUGAAUCUAAUAUAGGGACACCCAAUCUAUACUAAAAUCCCUAACUCAACAGAUAACUAAGUAAUUCACAAGUUUGAAUUCCCUACCUCCAAAGGAAACUCAGAUGGUGAUUUGGACUCAAAUAAUAUGUUUCUGAAUAAGAUUGCCAUUGACAGUGUUAACUUAAGUUGGAGCCAGAGUCCACAUUAGAUAUUUGCUCCAGCAAAUAGACUGCAUGAAAUCAGUCCUUAUAACUAGAAAGGUUUGGUGAGCAGUCACAAUCCACAUGAUGAAACAGCAUACACUGGAAUUAUCCAUCAUCAAUCGAAACUGACUUAGCUGGAGAUAAACUCAAUCUGCUCAGACAACUCAAAUAAUCAGUAGCAAUAGUACCCACCAUAGUUUUACUAAGGCGGCAUGCUAACCUCAACCUCCUAGCAGCUUUACCAUUAAUAGUAGCACUAGCCUCCUUAUUUUAAUCAUUAGUAUGCAGGGGGCAGCAUCUUCAGCGGACUCAACAGUAACCACCAGGAUGAGACUCCAAAGUAUAUCAAGAAUCUUAGAGGUGAGCUCAAUGUUGCUCUUAAGAAGAAUAUGGAGCUAAGGAUUAAACUGGAGUAGAUGGAGGAGGAGCAGGAAAUCGGGAUCUAGAACUCCAUUAUUGAAAUUGGAGAAGUAUUCUCCUAAAAGAUCAAAGAAGCGGGGUCUACCUCAUAAAUAGAAUUAGUGCUAAUCAAAGCCGGCGAGGCUCUGGAUCAAAAUAAAGGCUAAGCAAAUCUUAAGCGAUUUGUAAAGAACAAUCUAGAUGCAAUCGCCUCUCUUAGAAAGGAAGUCAUAUUACAAAGUCAGUUAAUUAAUGUCAUUCAAUAGCAAUGA